AUGCAGACAAAAGCACCAACCAAGCUCUCUGCCAUGUUCAGUGGAACCCAAGACAAAUGUUCUGCAUGUAACAAAACUGUGUACCCACUAGAGAAGGUGACAUUAGAGGGAGAAUCAUACCACAAAUCAUGCUUCAGGUGUGCCCAUGGAGGGUGUCCCCUCACUCAUUCAUCAUAUGCUGCUCUUGAUGGAAUUCUAUACUGCAAAGUCCACUUUCAGCAGCUCUUCAUGGAGAAAGGAAACUACCAGCAUGUAAAGGAUGCCACUCAUAAAAAGAGUGCUGGAGAAUAUCAGGACGACGUCCCGGCCAAGGCCGAAGAAGCCGAGGCGGACGAGCAGCCGAAGGAGGAGGCAGACCCUGAGACACAAGAACAAUCCUAA